AUGACAAAGAAGGCUUAUCAGUACAUUAAAUUGAAUAAAAUACCUUACAAUGGAUAUGCUAACGUCUAUGGGAUAAUCAUUUCCAUAGAGAAGAAGCGAGGGUUUGAAAAAGUUGUGAUUAAAGAUGAAUUCGGCCAUGUAGUCAUUGUCCCUGAUCUCUCUCUCUUAGACCACGUAGAAGUUGGAUAUAUUCUACGGUUACACAGAUCAAUGAUCUCCACUCCAACAAAACUUAUGUACAAACCACAUAUUAGAGGAAAUUCAGCUGUAGUAUGGGAUCUAUCUUCAUCAUUUAUACCCGUAUUUCACACUUCCUCCACAUACACCGUUGAAGAUUAUGACGAGAAACGAGUUAUGGAGCUGCGUCAGUUAAGCUCGAUUCCGUCCCCUGAGUGUCAAAGUGCUUCUCACUUCGAUCUAACCGACGCAUAUAAAAAGAAAAUUCUGUCGCACGUUUUGGAAUUGCCAUUUGAAUCGAAUGAAAAUUAUUCAAUAUCACAGAGAUCCGCUAUAGACAACGUGAGUGCUACCUGCUCGAAAACCAUUUCGUCUUUCGCAGAAUUGAACAGCUCAUUCUUGAGUGGCAAAGUUUACUUCAAUUUCGUCGCCUUCGUGGCCGAGAUAUACAGAUAUAAUCAAAUAGUUUAUGUGCGCGUGUUUGACGGAAGCCUUACCCCAAUUGCGGCCAGUCUUCAUAAGGUCAAUUCGGUCGAAGUUUCUGUUUUAAAAACAAUGCCCGAGAAAGACAUUGUCGAUAAAGCCAGCGAUUACUUGUUUGAUAUUGCUUGUUUCGGAGAACAUGCGUCUGCGGCUGUAGAUCUACAGGUCGGAAACGUAGCAGUUUUCGCUAAUGCGAGAAUCUAUACCCGUAAGAUGGGAGACAAAGUUAUUUGCCUCCACGAGGGAGAAGUUCAUCGUCGAUUGGCAGCUUCUGUUGGUAAUAUUGAGUGUGAAAUCAUCACCGCAAUGAAACAACGGUGCGAGAAUGUUCUAAGCGAUCUCUACACUUGUAGUCAGAGCCAGUCUGUGUAUAGGUUCACUCAAACACAACAAGUUGUAACUAAUGACUCCUUCCUUAACGCAACUAAUUCGGAAUUAAAUGAGGAAGAAACUACGCUGGCAGAUCGGAAGAGAAAGAAUGAUCAGCCUUCUUCAUCCGCCGAACCACCUCUUAAGAAGCAAACUUCUUUUGCAGCUCGGAUCGAGCAAUCUGGGAAAGAUCAUGAAAACAAUACAACGGUUCCAAUCGAAAAUUCGUCGCAGAACAUACCAAAUGAAUUAGUUCCUGCAAACAACGUUUGUCUGGAUAUUCCCGCAGAAACGAGUAACAAUGUAGAAAUGCUCACCGGUGAAACUGUUCCCCUUUUCAACACAAACGAUGACAUUGUUGCUCUUGAAUCUCAGACUUUGUCUCAUCAAGAAGGAGCACAGCAGAUUGACACUUCUGAGUCUACUGAAAACGUGCAGCCAAUCGUUCUUGAAACCAGGAAUGAGGCUGAAGUUGUAGAUGAAAACUCUCGAGAUGCUGCCGUAAUGAGCGUCUUGAACGAAAUUGUUGAUAGCCUAAGUCUUGGAGAAAGCAGUAACAUAGCAAUUGAAGACCGGCAAAGAGAAGAAGUAGCAGAAGUAUUGAAUGAAGGAACAGAACCUGCUGGGCAAUCAGAGGAAGAGGAAGAUGACGAAAUCUCACCUGAACUUAAAUCUGCUUGCAAAGUAAUCGCUCAGUACAAAACGCUUUCGGAUCGAAUCAAGAAGCUUUUCGAUUUUGACGAUGAUACCAUAGCUACAGUAGAUGAAGAAAUUGAAAUCAUUAGGACUCUGGAACCGGACUCACCUUGUGUGAUGGAAAACUUCAUCUGCGUGGACAACUUUCAUUUCAUGAAUCAGUCUUUCUAUGCACACUGUGUUAUAUUCACGGGAAAUUGUGAUACAUGUUUGAAUGAGUUCCGUGUUGAUCGCAAAGCCUCCAUAGGUUGUCCAUUUUGUUUAGAUAAGCGUCAGAAGUCAAGAAGAUUCAAAAUUGGCAUUCGAAUACUUUUACCUAUUCGUAAAGAUUUUCUUAUCGGUUUAUCAAGAGAGCAGAUAAUGUGUGUGUUCCCUUCACCAGCCCUAGAUUCUGAUAAAGUCACAGCUGCAUUCCAUGCUACGGAAGAAGAUUUCAUGCGUUGGUGUUCUGAUGUUCAAGUCAUAGCUACGAGUGUUGUUGGCACAUACAAAAUACGACCGAACUACUGCCGAACCAUCACAAAAACCCCAACGAUCAUAUUCGUUGAAGACUGCGAUAUGGAGAAAAAGUUCUAA